CUCAAAACUUGUUGCCGUGCCGUUGAGCAUUGAAGUGCUGUCCUUGCCGCCCUGGAAUGUCCCAAAAUCCAAAUGAAAGUUUUAACCAAAAAACUCAUAUCUUUAACACACCCUUGUCUCAAUCUUUGGCACCCAACUGUUGAUUCUUUCAUUUGGAACACUCUAAUCAGAGCCCAUGUCCAAAUCCAACCAACUCAUAAUACCCCACUCUCCAUCUUCCUCAAAAUGCGUGAACACGAUGUCCAUGUUGAUUUCUACACUUUCCCUUUUCUUCUCCAAUCCAUCCAUUCACCUUCACAUCUCCGAUUAGGACAAUCCAUUCACUCGCAAAGUCUUGUUUUCGGGUUUUCAUCUGACCCAUUUGUCCAAACUUCGUUAAUUAGUAUGUAUACUGCUAGUGGCGAUGUGGGUUCUGCUCGUAAGGUGUUUGAUGAAAUGCCUGAACGGGAUUUACCUUCGUGGAAUUCGAUCAUUAAUGCGAAUGUGAAAGCGGGUUUGGUUGGUGUUGCACGUGAGUUGUUUGAUGGAAUGCCGAGUAGAAAUGUAAUAUCUUGGAGUAGUAUGUUGGAUGGUUAUGUGAGGUGGGGUAAGUGUAAAGAAGCAUUGGAGUUGUUUGGACAAAUGAAAGAGGAAAAUGAGGUUAUGCCUAAUGAGUAUACCGUGUCGAUUUUGCUUGCAGCAUGUGAGCAGUUGGGUUCACUUGAACAUGGGAAAUGGGCUCAUGCUUAUGUUUAUAAACUUGGGAAGGAAAUUAAUGUUGUACUUGGAACUUCUUUGAUUGAAAUGUAUGCUAAAUGUGGGAGUAUAGUAAGGGCAAGAUUAGUUUUCGAAAAUUUGGGUCCAAAAAAAGACUUAAUGGCUUGGAGUGCUAUGAUCUCGGGCCUUGCGAUGCAUGGUCAUUGGGAAGAUUGUCUCCGUUUGUUUUCAGAUAUGGUAGAGAACGGAGUAAGGCCCGAUGAUAUCACGUUCUUGGGUGUACUUUCUGCUUGUGUACAUGGAGGAUUAGUGAGCCAAGGGAAGGAAAUGUUUGAGAGGAUGAGUAAAGAGUUUGGUAUUUCUCCUUCGGUUCAGCAUUAUGGUUGUAUGAUUGACCUUUAUGGAAGAGCCGGUUUGAUUGAUGAAGCAUGGAAUCUUCUGAAUACGAUGCCUAUGGAGCCUGAUGUGCUUAUUUGGGGAGCUCUUCUCAGUGGAGCCAGGAUAUGUGGAGAUAUUGAGACGUGUGAGAUUGCACUCAACAAAAUAAUAGAGCGAGAUCCCACAAAUAGUGCGGCUUAUGUUCUUCUCUCCAAUGUCUAUGCUAAGAUGGGUCGGUGGAAAGAUGCUAGGCACGUAAGAAACCUUAUGGAGACAAAGAGGGUAAAGAAAGUUCCUGGGUGUAGUUCCAUAGAGGUCAAUGGAAAUAUCCAGUAGAACUAGUUUACAUCGAAAUGAGUAUCAUGCAGACAGUGGUAAAUUAUGUGAGGCUCAAGGCUACUCUGCAUAGGUUCAAGAUGAACAGUUAUGUAGACAAUACAAAUGGUAUUUGCAAAAUUUGAAUGAGGAAUGAAAUUUUUUAGCAGUUUUCCCUUCAUUCUGAAAACAUUGGCAAUUGAAUUCUCCGUGCUAAAUAUUAUAACAUGUUUCUGAUAUGCACAGUAAAACCGUCAGGCAUGCACCGUGCAGGUGGUGGUAAUGUUGCACUAUAAAUUGCCUCAAGGACUGCCUGUGGGUUGUGGUCGAGAUUGUUGUAACACGUCGCAACUGGUUUCAAUACUUUGUUGGUGGGGAAUGUUCUUGUAGUGACGGCUGGUAACUGACCUUGUCGCUGAAUUUUGAUUGCGAAUAUCUCUUCCUUUUUGGCUCAGAGCUUACAAAGCUCAUCUCACCUGGCAAUAUCGAAGUCUGGGAGCACCUAGCACAAUUAAGAUUCUUUUGAGUUUGGUAGAAGCUGAUUCUUUGAAGCCAUUUAGAAUGCAAAGUUUAAUUUGGGGAAUGAAUUCCAUCUUCAAAUAUGGUCUUCCUAGUAGAAAGUGGAGGUUCUUACAGAAUCACUUGCUACGGUAUAGAGGGGAAAAGACCUAAGUUAUUAUUGUUCAUCUUCAUGUAAUGUUGAUUCUUAUCAGCUAUCUUCAU